AUGGCAUCCGACACCAAUCCCGGCGCCGACGACAGCACCCAGCCGCUGCUCGCGUCCAGCAGCGAUGCGCCAAGCUACGGCAUCAGCAACGGUAAAGCCCACCAUGGCUCCGUCGCCGCCGGCGUCGUGCAUUUCGAGCCCGGCGACCCGGAGGACCCGCGCAACUGGCCGCGGUGGAAGAAGUGGCUCAUGAUAGGGCCCAUCGUCCUCAUCGACCUUUCCGUCAGCUGGGGCGCGUCCGGCUUCUCGCCCGCCAGCAAGAAGUUCGCCGAGGACUGGGGCCUGUCGCCCGAGGCGGGGACCUUGGGCUUGUCGCUGUACGUGCUGGGUUUGGCGUUUGGGCCCAUGACUUUGGCACCGCUUUCCGAGUACUAUGGAAGGCGGCCGAUCUACAUUUACUCUUAUUUUGUUUUCCUGUGCUGCCUUGCUGCAUCCGCUGUGGUCCCCAACCUUGCAGUCUUCAUCCCUGUCCGCAUCAUCUCCGGCUACUUUGCUUCAGUCACCAUAGCCAAUUUCGGCGGCACAAUCGCCGACCUUUACCACCCGCACGACACGGGCCCAGCAAUGUCGCUCUACCUGUGGGCAGCGACGGCCGGUUCGCCGACCGGUUUCUUCAUGAUGUCCUUCGUAGCCCAGACGAGAGGAUGGCGAGACGUUUUCUGGGCCCUGCUCGGCAUCAACGGCAGCCUCUGGGUCAUCAUGACGCUCUCGCUGCUCUUCUGCGGCGAGACCCGCCACAGCAUCCUCCUCGCUCGCCGCGCAGAAAAGGCACGCAGCCAAAGCCACACGAGCAACAUCGACGUCCCGGAGCACAUGAAGAAGCGAGGCGCCAAGGAGCUCUUCACCGUCACCCUCACGCGGCCGUUCCGGUUCCUGGCAUCCGAGGCCAUCAUCACGUUCGCCGCCCUCUACAACGGCUACCUCUACGGCCUGAGCUUCCUGUUCAACACGGCCUUCGUCCUCGUCUUCGGCCAGGCCGGCCACGGCUUCGACAUGGUCGGCGUCGGCGUCUGUUUCCUGGGCAUCUGCGCCGGCAUCAGCCUCGGCCCCGUCACGAACAUCUGGCAGGAGAAGUACUACCAGCGCAGAGUCCACGAGUCCGGCGGCAAGAACGUCCCCGAGGCGCGCGUGCAGAUGGGCAAAGUCGCCGCAGUCGCCUUCCCCACCUCCCUCCUCGCCUUCUCCCUCACCCUCUCCCCCCACCUCCCCGCCGUCCUCCCCGUCCUCGCCUCCGCCCUCUGGGGCUGGUCCUUCUACACGCUCAUCCUCAUGACCUUCGCCUACACCGAGGACGCGUACAAGGCCUACUCGGCCUCGGCCCUCGCCGGCAUCGGCCUCGUCCGCAACCUCUUCGGCGCCGCCUUCCCCCUCUUCGCGCACGCCAUGUUCCGCCGGUUGGGCAACGGGGGCGCGACGGCGACGCUGGCGGCGCUGGCGCUGGCGCUGGUGCCCAUCCCGUUCGUGUGGGAGCGGUAUGGCCGGGUGUUGAGGGAGCGGAGCCCGUGGGCGAGGGAGCAUGUGGAUGAUGAUGAUGAUGUUGUUGUUGAUGAUGAUGGGGAGGGGGAAGGUGGGGUUCAUGGGGAGGCGGCGUAG